CCCCCUCCUCGGUGCGGCCCGCGGUCGGUGGCGGCCGCUCCGGUGCUGACAAGAUGGCGGCUGGCGGGGCUGUUGCUGCGGCGUCCGAGUGCCGGCUUCUGCCCUAUGCGCUGCACAAGUGGAGCUCCUUCUCCUCCACCUACCUUCCUGAGAAUAUUUUAGUGGAUAAACCAAAUGACCAAUCUUCAAGGUGGUCUUCAGAGAGCAACUAUCCUCCCCAGUACUUGGUUCUGAAGCUUGAAAGGCCUGCUAUAGUCCAGAAUAUCACAUUUGGAAAAUAUGAGAAAACGCAUGUCUGUAAUUUGAAGAAAUUUAAAGUCUUUGGUGGGAUGAAUGAAGAAAAUAUGACAGAGCUAUUGUCCAGUGGCUUAAAGAAUGAUUAUAACAAAGAAACAUUCACCUUGAAGCAUAAAAUUGAUGAACAGAUGUUUCCUUGUCGAUUCAUCAAAAUAGUUCCACUCUUAUCCUGGGGACCCAGCUUUAACUUUAGCAUCUGGUAUGUUGAACUUAGUGGCAUUGAUGAUCCCGAUGUAGUACAACCUUGUCUCAACUGGUACAGCAAGUACCGUGAACAGGAAGCCAUUCGUCUCUGCCUAAAACACUUUAGACAACACAAUUAUACAGAAGCCUUUGAAUCACUACAGAAGAAAACCAAGAUUGCCCUGGAACAUCCUAUGUUAACAGAUCUGCAUGAUAAACUGGUGUUGAAGGGUGAUUUUGAUGCUUGUGAAGAGCUGAUUGAAAAAGCUGUAAAUGAUGGAUUGUUCAAUCAGUACAUCAGUCAACAGGAAUAUAAGCCACGAUGGAGUCAGAUCAUUCCAAAAAGCACCAAAGGUGAUGGAGAAGAUAACAGACCAGGAAUGAGAGGAGGCCAUCAGAUGGUUAUUGAUGUUCAAACAGAGACCGUUUAUUUGUUUGGUGGCUGGGAUGGAACACAAGAUCUUGCUGACUUCUGGGCGUACAGUGUGAAGGAGAACCAGUGGACAUGUAUCUCUAGAGACACUGAGAAAGAGAAUGGUCCCAGUGCCAGAUCAUGUCAUAAAAUGUGCAUUGACAUUCAACGAAGGCAAAUCUACACAUUGGGCCGUUAUUUGGAUUCCUCUGUGAGGAACAGCAAAUCUCUGAAAAGUGACUUUUAUCGUUAUGACAUUGACACUAACACAUGGAUGUUACUCAGUGAGGAUACUGCUGCUGAUGGAGGGCCGAAAUUGGUGUUUGAUCAUCAGAUGUGUAUGGACUCAGAAAAACAUAUGAUCUACACCUUUGGGGGUAGAAUUUUGACUUGUAAUGGCAGUGUAGACGACAGCAGAGCCAGUGAACCACAAUUCAGUGGGUUGUUUGCUUUCAACUGUCAAUGUCAAACCUGGAAACUUCUUCGAGAGGACUCCUGCAAUGCCGGGCCUGAGGAUAUCCAGUCUCGGAUAGGACACUGCAUGCUAUUUCACUCAAAAAAUCGUUGCUUAUAUGUAUUCGGUGGCCAGCGAUCAAAGACCUAUUUGAAUGAUUUCUUUAGUUAUGAUGUGGACUCUGAUCAUGUAGACAUAAUAUCAGAUGGCACCAAGAAAGACUCUGGAAUGGUUCCAAUGACAGGAUUCACACAGAGAGCAACCAUUGAUCCAGAACUGAAUGAAAUACAUGUCUUAUCUGGACUCAGCAAGGACAAGGAAAAGAGGGAAGAGAAUGUCAGAAAUUCAUUCUGGAUUUAUGACAUAGUGAGGAAUAGUUGGUCUUGUGUCUAUAAAAAUGAUCAAGCUGCAAAGGAUAAUCCAAGUAAAAGUCUUCAAGAAGAAGAACCCUGUCCAAGAUUUGCCCAUCAGCUUGUAUAUGAUGAGUUGCACAAGGUUCAUUACUUAUUUGGUGGGAAUCCAGGAAAAUCUUGCUCCCCAAAAAUGAGAUUAGAUGACUUUUGGUCACUGAAGUUGUGUAGGCCUUCAAAAGAUUACUUACUGAGGCAUUGCAAGUACCUCAUAAGAAAACACAGGUUUGAAGAAAAGGCCCAAAUGGAUCCUCUUAGUGCUCUGAAAUAUUUACAAAACGAUCUUUAUAUAACUGUGGAUCAUUCAGACCCAGAAGAGACAAAAGAGUUUCAGCUCCUUGCUUCAGCUCUAUUCAAAUCUGGUUCUGAUUUUACAGCUCUAGGCAUAUCAUGGCCUUCUUGCUUUUAGGAACACAAGACACCACUUCAGUACUACACUUGGGGGCCCUUGUAAGCAGUGAUGUCACCCAAAAAAAAAGCACAAAAUGCAAAAAACAUGGCACCAGUAGACUGUUUAUGAGAGCUGAAACAAGAAGACAGAGCAUCACCCAGUUUGACCUCAGCUGAGAAUGUGUGCAUGUGGUGACUCAAGUUUUCGCUGCUCUGAGCAUCUCUGUGAAGUGCCACCAGUAUUGAUUGUGGGAUUGUAGGCAGGCACACAAAUAUGAAUCUGAGUAAUGACAAUUGACUGUAUAUAUUCAUGUACACACAUAGGUGCAUAGUUUUGGUGUUCUGGUUUUAUUGUAUAAUAUAAAAAAUGUAUUUUGCAUUGUAAAUUUAAAAUUUAAUGAUGUAACUUGAAGAUGUUUGCAUGAAACUACAAUAGCUCUAUUAUAUUCUUAUUAGUGACACAUAGUAUUCUAUAAUAAAGGUCUACCAUAAUUUAACCAUUCAUCUAAUGAAGAAUAAUUUCAAUUUCCUCAUUGGUAAAGGGUGAAAAAGUAAAAGAUGUUCUUGGAGGAGUAAAUGAACUUAGCACAUUGCCUACAACUUAAGCACUCAAUCUAUAAUA